AUGUAGAGAUUGAAUUAGGUGGCUGGAUAAUUUAAGGAAGUGAAGUUCUUAGCAGAUCCACUUGAAUAUCUUAGAUUGUAUGACAUGCUGGAUAAUGAGGAGAAAGAGAUUUGUUUGGCUGUUCGUAAAUUUGCAUAGGAGAAAGUAUUUAAAAUUGAAUAAUUAAGGCUGCACCAACUAUAAAUAAGUAUGUGGAAGCAGCAGAAUUUCCUACAGAAAUAGUUGAAGCUUUAAAACCAUUAAAACUGAUUCAUAAGACAAAUACUUAUGUCAAGACAGGUUUGGCAUAUUUAGAAUUAGCAAAAGUUGAUGCUGGUUUAUCGACAUUUUAUUUAUUGAUGUAAGAAAGAGAAUAAUAAUUAGUUCAUCAUUGGUGCCACACAGUAUUGAGACAUUUGGUUCGGAAGAAUAAAAAAAGAAAUACUUAACAAGGAUUAAGGAUAUGGAUAUUCUUGGUGGAUGGGCAUUAACAGAGAAGGAGUAUGGAUCAGAUGCAUCCAGUAUACAAACAACUGUGAAAAAGGUGUAAGGUGGUUAUCUAUUGAAUGGUAAUAAGAGGUGGAUAGGAAACGGAAAUAAAGAUAUAUUAGUAGUAUGGGCAAGAAACAGUGAAAAUAAGAAUAUUGAAGGAUUUAUUGUUGAGAAUAAAUGGGCAGGAGUUCAUGCAGAACCUAUUAAGCAUAAGUUAGCAUUGAGGAUAGUUCAAAAUUGUCAAAUAACAUUUAAGGAUGUUUUUAUACCAGAUGAAAACAAAAUGCCAAAAGCUAAAGACUUUUUAAAUGGAGUAACAUAAGCAUUGUAACAUUCGAGAGUAGGAGUUCCUUGGAUAGCUUUAGGAAUAUAAGCAGGAGUAUAUGAGAAUGUAGUAAAGUUUGUAACAAGAAGAAAAUAAUUUGGAAAACAUAUUGCUGGUUUCUAAUUAUAGUAAGAGAGACUAACAAGAAUAUUGACAACAUUUUAAGCAAGUUUUCUAAUGGUGUUGUAGGUUUCAAGGAUGGCCUAAGAGAAAAAGGCAAGUUUGGGAUAGAUUGCUGCAGUGAAAGCAUGGGUUAGUGAUAAAACAAGAGAGGUAGCAAGAUUAGGAAGAGAAAUGAUGGGAGGAGAUGGAAUUUUAGUUGAAAAUUAUUGUAUUAAAGCAUUGACAGAUGCUGAAGUAGUUUACACUUAUGAAGUAAUUAAUAAUAUAAAAAUUUGAUAGGGGUCUUAUGAUAUUAAUAGUUUGAUUGCUGGAAGGGAAAUUACAGGAUUAGCUGCAUUCAAAUGAAGUCUGAUUUAGAACAAAC